GUUUUGUAUAGAAAGCUGAGAAAGGUUAUUUUUUUACAUUACAGAAGUAAGGGAUACAAAGUUGUUAGUUCAUCUUCUCUCCGCUCAGAAGAAGAAAAACUUAAAAAAAUUCAACGUCUGAAUAUGGCUAAUCCACUUCUCUAUUCUCCGAUCAACCCACAAUUCUUCCAACCACUUCUUCCCGGUUUCACCAACCACCUGGACAUUCCUGUGGCGUUCUUCUUGAAGUACUUAGUGGGAACUAACGUAGGAAAAACGGCUGAGCUCAGAUCAGAUGCAUCGGAGAUGACAUGGAAAGUGAAGAUAGACGGCCGGAGACUCUCUAAUGGUUGGGAAGAUUUCACAAUCGCACAUGAUCUCCGAGUUGGUGACAUUGUUGUUUUCAGACAAGAAGGAGAGUUAGUGUUCCAUGUCACAGCUUUAGGACCAAGUUGCUGUGAGAUUCAAUACGGAGAAGAUACCCUUGAAGAGGAUAAAAUUGAGAAACUUUGUGGUACGGAGAAUGUUUCAAGUAAGAAAAAGAGUCUAAAGAGAGAAGCUGAGUCUGCACCAGACAAUUCACUAGAUUCUUGUUUUGUGGCCACUGUCACGGGUUCGAAUCUAAAGCGCGAUACAUUGUAUAUUCCGAAAGAGUUUGCAUUGUCAAAUGGUCUGAUGAACAAAUAUCAGAUUGUGUUAAUGAAUGAAGAAGGAGAAUCAUGGAAGAUAGACUUGAGACGCGAGGCAUAUAAUUACGGCCGGUUUUACAUGAGAAGAGGCUGGAGAAGUUUCUGUAUUGCUAAUGGGAAGAAACCUGGAGACGUUUUUGCAUUCAAAUUGGUCAAAAAUGAAGAAACACCUAUGAUACAGUUGUUCCCUAUGACCAUUGAAGAUUUAGACAAACUUCAGAGUCUUCCAAGACACAAGAUUCGAAAAACAGAAGCAGCUCCUUCUUCACCGGACCUUUCUUCUUUUGUAGCCACUGUCACGGCUUCAAAUCUAAGCCGAGAUAGACUGUAUCUUCCGAAGACGUUCAUUAUGUCAAAUGGUUUGUUGAAGAAAUUUCAGAUGUGUCUAAUGAAUGAAGAGGGAGAAUCAUGGACGAUAGAUGUGAAACAUGAGGCACAUACAGGCCGGUUUUUAACGAUAAGAGGUUGGAGAAGAUUCUGUGUGGCUAAUGGGAAGAAACCAGGAGACUUGCUCAAAUUCAAAUUAGUCCAUAACGAAGAAACACCUGUGCUCCAGUUGUUACCCUUGAACAGUGAAGAUCUACACAAACUUAAUCCUAGCAAUGACACAAGGCAUGGACAGAGUUUAAAAGUUACCAAAAAAGAGUUUCUUGGCAUGGAAGCCACAGAAAAUGAGUUUCUUGGGGAAGAAGUUUACUGUAAUGACUCCUUUAAAGCUAGCGAGAAAGAUACUCUUCCUUUUGCUGAACCUAUCAAUGAAGAUAUAAGGCAAGGACAAUGUUCACAAACUAUUAAACAAGAAUAUGUUUCCACAGAAGAGAAAAACUCAACAAGCCAAAACCGAUUUGUGACCUUAACACUUACACAUUCAAGUAAACUUAAUCUUCCGUUUGAAUUCAUGAAGCGGAAUGGAAUCAAAAAGGCGGGGAAGAUAACGAUGGUUGAUAGAUACGAUGCAAAAUGGCGUACUUCACUACUGAUGGACAAGAUCGGAACAAUGAGUUUAGGAAGAGGUUCAAAAGGUUUCUGCGAGGUUAAUGGUGUUGAGAUGAAUGAGUCGUUUAUCUUGGAGUUGAUUUGGGAAGACACAGUUCCUCUUCUUAAGUUUUGUUCCAAAGUUUGAGAACAAUAUUAAGAAUGUCUAGGAUCAUCGCUCAAAUAAACUUCUUUCCUUCUAUGGUUUAAUUUUCAUGUUAAAAAAUGCCGUUUAAAUCAUCAUUAAUUCAGAUAAUAUUGGUUUACUAAACAAGAAUCGUUAAAGAUUUUAUAUAAUUAUUUUUGGGGGUCA